UGUGUUUGUUUCAAUUUUAUUGACAUCCUCGUUUAUUAGUGUUUAAGAAGUAUUUUUCGAAAUAUAUAUAUUAGUUUCCAUGAAAUUGCAAGAAGUUACCAUAUUUUAGUUAAACUGUACAAAUAAAAUAAGGAUGAAGAAGUUACGCUACUGUGAAAUUACUUACAAUUUUAAAGUGAGUUAUUCCUAUAUGUGACGGGCAAUGAUAUUAAAGAUAAGAUGAAGCUGAUAUUUCUAGUGUUCCUUUUUUAUACGAGUAUCUCUAAAUCAACAAGAGCCUCGAAUGAAACCUGCACAGAGGCGAACUCUCGAUGUGAUUAUAAGUCGAAUGUUCGGAUGUUAGCAGAUACUUUGGCUAGUAAGUUUAAUGAUAUUAUUAUUAAAGAACUCGGCAGCGAAUAUACCUCGCACUUAGAGAUACGAACAGCUCAUAAAGUAAGCCGAUAUCACACUACAGACAUCAGUACUUUAUCAAAUAUUGUAGAUAAAUUGGAUUAUAAACUGUCCUCAGCAAUUAAUAUACUAAAAGAAAUGAAUAAGGUCAUGGAUAAAAAUGAUACUCCGUCCUUCACACAUCCAUGUCCAUUUAAUUCAAUACGCAAAUCAGUCUUCAUUAAGAGAAAUGGUUUUCAUGAUUUGUCUUCCAUAACAAUGAAAACAAAUAUCAUGGGUCGUUUCAAAGACUUAAAAGUUAAAAGGCAAUAUUAUUUAUCCCAUUUAGACUAUGCUACGGACAAAGAUUGUGUAACUAUGCCACAUUCGAACUUAAGAUACCUAUACCAUAAAAUAGUGCAUCCUAAACCAAAAUUAUUUGUCUUUAUAAUUGAUAAUAACAUGAAGUUUGAAUUACUCCAACAUGCAGUUGAUAUUGCAAAAGAAAUUACUUAUUCUCUGCAACACAUCGAUCUCAUUGCCUUAAAAAUCACAAAUAUGACCAAUUUUAUGAAGUUUGAGGACACAUGUAGCAGCGACGGUAUGUCAAACUUAGGAAAUGCAACAGACAACAACAAAAUGCUUUUUCGAGAAUACUUAAACACUUUAGAAGUGGCAACCACUAAUGUAUCACCAUCGGCAAUCAACAAAGAAAUUAAAAGUUUACUUGCAGAAAAGAAAAUACCCCUUCAAAAACUUUUCAUUUUCUUAACUGAUUCCAAAAUUAUAAGCGAUGAUGCCUGGCUAAAACUCUUUCCUAUGCCUGAAAAAAAUGAGCUUACGAAAUUCUCCAUUGGCCUGAUACAAGAGAAUUCUGAGAGGAAUUCCUCCCUGAAAAUAUUACAUUUUGAGAAAAUGCAUAAUCAUUCCAACCACUCUAUGGUCAAACUGCAUAUUAACAGUGGUGAUGUUGUUGGACAAGUUGCUUCAGCAUUCAUUUCUCUCUUGCCGAGUGAUUAUAAAGAGGAGCUUAAAGCUGAAGGCCCCUCAUGGGAAGCCACCGAAAGAGACUUCAUGAUAUCUUUACUUUAUCCCAAAGCGAGUGGUAUACUGGGAUUGGAUCUACAUUGGUCAGAUCUGGCUGAAGAUAUAAUAUAUUUUAAAGGAUCAAAUGAAAACAAGAGAGCUUUUGUGAUAGAUUUUUCUGGCACAGUUAUUAUGCACACAUAUUUUCCUCGACCUGAGUCAACUACGGACAAAAUUAAAUUUACUAAUCUAGAAACGAUUGAGGCUCACAGUUUCAUGGACGUUGUUAAAAAACAAUUGCUAUCGCAAGUUACUGGAAACUACACAGUGGAGAUAAAAGAUUCUUCUAGGUCAAUAACAUAUUCAUGGAAAUGGGUACAAGAUUUAUAUGUUGUUUGUAUAGUGCACGAAGUCCACAGCAAUUCAACAUUGUUAAAUAAAAGUAAUAUAUUUUUUACUAAAACAAGCAAAGAAAUAUUGUUUCACAGGCUGGAUUUGUUUCCACCAAAAACGGGUAAAAUCUGCCGGCACUUUAAACAGAUAGCAACUAUAGAUCAGGGUACUGUUUAUUUGAGCCCUUCCAGUUUCGAGUCUCCAUUUACAUACUUAUACGAUAUGGGUGACGGUCAGGAAGCUGUUUCAUACAUGCAAAAUUAUUUGGCCUAUUUACGAAGUGUGGCUCAUGGUCUUCUAUCCAACCCAGGCUUAAAGAACGAAAUACAGCAAGAUGUAGGUUUUCUUAAUUCUAUACUAUCCUUCUAUAAACGUCAACAUUUACAUGGGCCGUAUUCUAAGUAUAUAGUUAGAAGAUACGCUGUCACUGAAAACGGGGUACUAGUAAUGUUUCCCGGCACCGUUUUGGAAUAUGAUUAUGAACCGGUCAGGAGGCCUUGGUAUAUAUUUGCUCUAAAUAAUCCCGGUACUAUUAUUUUAACACCGCCCAACUUAGAUGUAGGAGGAGCUGGUUACAUUGUAACCAUUUCGUAUGCUGUAAGAAGCCCCAUAUAUCCUACCAUGGUUGUUUCUAUGGAUGUCACCAUGGGUUUCCUUUAUAAACUAUUGAUUGAUAGUUUUUCACAAUGUGCCAUGUCGAACGUUAAGUGUUUCAUAAUGAAUAACCGGGGUUAUUUGAUCUCCCAUCCCGGGUUGAUGGAUCCCAAUAGUUCCGGACCGAUAGAGCAACAACACAUAACCCACAAGGAAUCAAUGAUAGCCAUUGACAUGUUAAACCACAAGGGUUUUGUAAAGAAAAGGUUAUGCAGCAACUUCUAUGAUAAAACUAUUCAGAGAUUUUAUGAAUUCAAUAAUUCUUUGACGAAUAUUUUGUCAAAUAUGGUGUCGGCCGAUCACUGUGUACAUUAUUACGUAGCUUCCAUUCCUGGAACCAACGCUUUUAUAGGCGUCGUCAACGCCUCUUGCAGCAUCGGGGCUUUCUGUCCAUGCAGUAUGGUAGACCGUCUGUGCCUAAAUUGUAACAGAAUGGAACAAACUGAAUGCGAGUGUCCCUGCGAAUGUAGCUCAGAGUUGUAUGAUUGUCCCAAUGCGAAUGCAACAAAACUAAAUGAAAACAUUCCUCUCUGUGGUAUGAUGCCCGAAAAUAACCACCACAAAUCACAUUUCUUCCACAAUUUCGCUGAAAACCUCAAGUCCUGUUUUGAUUUUCAAUGCGAGACAUAUCUUUCCCAUUCUUCUUGUUUGGGUGUUUUAGGUUGUGAGUGGUGUCAGAUAGACGCAGAUGGACAUUCACCGUUGGCAACUCCAUUCUGUACUUCCCAAUCUACUUGUUUUAAUGGAGUCUUGGGCGCAGUGACUCCUUACGGUGAAGGUACCUUCGGCCACAUAAGUCGAGACGCCUUCGCCAAUUAUUCCGCGAUCGGUCCAAUAGUGGGUUGCAUCGUGACAGUGAGUCUGAUUAUCGCCGUGGCUAUUUAUUGCUACCGACAGAACACUACAACUGAUAGCUGUCACAAUCUAUAUGUAGACGGCCCUGAGACUUGGCACGACCCAGACGUCCAAAUGAGUCAUAUGCCCACUGACGACCUACUCGAUCCUUCUGGUCAGGAUAAGUUGUUGGAAAUAGAGGCGCCCAUAUCUCCAUAUCGCGUCAUCACUGGAUAUAGACGGCCUCAUACCGCUGGUGGUUCAGAUCAAGGUUAUUCAACCAUGACGCCCCACGAAGACUCAGAAGCCACUGGUUUUUCCGUCAACGAUCCAACCGUUUUAUCCGACGAUACGAAAUCCGAUGCCAGUUUCCCAGCACCCCCAAAAAUCAAACCAAGAGUCAAAGUUGCUGAUCUCACAAUGACGAUUCUUCCAUGUGGCAAGAACAGUGUCCUAGCUCCCGUCACAGUCCACAGACAUAUGGAAGCCUCUUAAUUAUAAAUACUACCUCUUUUGUAAAUAAACUAUGAUAACAGUGAAAAUAUAUUAAAUUGUGUUGUGAUAUAUUAUAAUAAUAUUAUGUUUUAAAGUCAAUUUUUAACAUUUUUGUUCGAACAAACCGUAACCAGUGUAACAAAUAGCAGUUGUUAUUUUUAAAUUAUUAAUAAGAAUUUAAUUUUAAGUGAACAUAAAAUGUGUUAUUUUUAUAAACUCAUGUAUUUCAUGUACCAACUAACCGGAGUUACUACGUUUGUGUAAGUUUAAAAUAGUAGUAAACUAUCUUUACAUUUAACUGCCAUAUUUAUAUAACAAGCCAAUAUUCAGUAUAGUUUUCAUGAAGUCUAUUACAUAUUUUAGUAUAAAAAUGUAUAAAUUAUGCUAGUUUAAGCUACGGCCAACAAAUAUAUAGCAUAGGUAGCUAUUCGCCCAACUACUUAUUAUCUGUUCCCUUGAAUGGUAAUUUUUGUGAUAAUUUUACUUCAAAACUCAGUUACUUCUUAAUGUGUCAAUAUAAGUACUUAAAUAUAAUUUUACAUAAUGAAAUCCGUCUGUAUCAUGUAUACUUAAAUAACUUUAAGUUUACUUUAAGAUUGCUAUUUUUAUAUAUUACUCCAGUGCCUCCUGUUGUGUUGUAAGCAUAUUUAAUUAAGACUGAUUAGUGUUGCAUUUAUUUAAUGUAAUAAAUUUUUCAAGCGAAAA